CAAGUUCAAUCAUAUAAUAAUUCAGGGAAUAUACUCAGGGGUACCCCACAAUACGAUCUAGAAGUCGACCUUGAGGCAAAUCGUCACAUUACCACUUUAUAUCACAUAACUUGUGGUAUCACCAUGACCCGGUCAAUCUGACUGUCUUCGCGUAGAGAAAAACUAAAUAAAUACCUACCUACCUGUGGACUUGUUGUCUCGUAGAGUUUUUGAACUAUGGUUGGGAUUUCCUUACCACUCUCUGACACUUAGAAGUCUACCCAUUUCGCCAAGUUCAAGAUGUUGCUUGAAUCUGUAAUUACUACCUUCACAUUUGCACUCUGCGCUUCAGCUAGGGCUGUCCCCAACCCUAUCGAAGUUUUCAAGAGAGCACACACAGCUGGUACCGUCAUCAACAAGUGCUCCAAGCCUGGCGUCCUUGCGCUAGCCUAUGAUGAUGGUCCAUAUCAAUACACUUCAUCGCUAGUGGAUACAUUGGAUCAGGCAGGGGUAAAAGGCACAUUCUUCCUGACUGGUACUCUAUAUGGUUGUAUCUACAAUCAGCAGGCAGCAGUCAAAAAAGCGUUUGAAUCUGGGCAUCAAGUUGCUUCCCAUACUUGGACGCACCCUCAUAUGGGAAGCAUGGGUGCUGCUCAGAUCCAGAGUGAGAUGGAGAAAGUUGAGCAAGCCUUUGUCAACAUUUUCGGAAAGAAGCCACAAUACGUGCGCCCGCCGUACCUCGAGACGGGCGGCCAGUUCUUAACGGUCAUGAAGCAGAUGAACUAUACUGUCAUCACCGACGAUGUAGACGCCGGUGACUGGAACAACCAAUCUCCGCAACAGAGCGAACAGAAGUUCCAACAGGCUGGCGCAAGUGGCAACGGACACAUCCCGCUGAUGCAUGAGACAUACCAGGGCACGGUCACAACUUUGACAAACUGGCUAAUCGACUGGGCCAAGACCAACAAUUUGCAGAUAGUCACAGUUGCUGAAUGCCUUGACGAUGCGAAUGGUGCUUAUAAAGAGGGGACAUUUGAGGGCGAUGGGAAGACGACCUGCUAAGAAUACUCGACUAGUACCCAAACUGUUUUGAGUGUGUCCGCAUAUCCUAUAAUAGUCACCAAGUUAUAUAUAGCGAUAUACGAAAUGGCGUCAGCAAGCUAGGUAUUGCAUUGAUCCCGCCCGUGAUAGCUUGGGUAUAUUUCUACUAGAUCCGUUAGAACCCGAAGUGAUCUCUUGAGCUACCAAUAAAAAUACAAAUAUCUUGUAAGGUGGCUAGCCUUAUUAAUGGGGCGAAAUCCGAGUCCCUAAGUUGAAUGCGACUUAGCGUUGUCAAGA